CGUGUGUGUAGUGUGCGUACUAACGACAGGAAGUGAAUUCUAUGGCGCAUCUUAUGCGUUUUCCUCGAAGGAAAAUGGCUACCAGCUGUCACUAUCAUAAAGUAGUUUAAGUUAUAAAAUUAAUCUAAAUAAAUCGAUAACCUACUCUAGUAAACUACAUUUAUACUUUAAUGCGGUGCAAUUAAAUUUUAAUAAUAAAUAUAUAAUUAACAAUAUAAAGAUUUCGGGUGGAUUGUCUGUGGUGAAAUAUUUUAUGUGCCAUGUAAAUUAUCUAUAACUCGACUGUUUACAGUUCCUAUUUCGUCUGAACUUAAUCAAGCUUCGUUGACUUAUAAUUAAUUACUUUAAAAAUAACAUUAUCAAUUUAACGUAUAAAAUUAUUAAAUUAUUCAUUUUUUGUUUGUUUUCAACAAUUACGGGUCAUUAUUCAGUGAAUUGUUACACAAAUCUUAAUUUAUCCUCGACUUUAUAUAUACAUUAAAAAAAAAAAAGAAAUAGAUAUGGGUUCCAGUCAACAAUUUUCCCUUAGAUGGAAUAAUUAUCUAAAGCACAUCACUUGUGCUUUUGAUACAUUAAGAACUGAUGAAGAUUUAGUUGAUGUAACAUUAAGCUGUGAAGGGAAACGUAUUCGAGCACAUAAAAUGUUAUUAUCAGCAUGCAGUACAUAUUUUCGUGAUUUAUUCAAGGAGAACCCAUGCCAACAUCCAGUCAUAAUAUUCCGAAAUGUUAAAUUUGAUGAUCUAGCAGCUUUAGUUGAUUUUAUGUAUCAAGGAGAAGUCAAUGUAGUACAAGAACAAUUAGCUAGUUUUCUUACAACAGCAGAAUUAUUAGCAGUACAAGGACUUACUGAUGGAACAGGAAAAGACAAUGAUAGUGUAACAGAGGAGGAUGUAGAAUUACCCAAUGAACCAGAAGUACAACUUCAAAAUGCUGCAGGUAAGCUCAUGGCAAAUAACAAAGGAAGUAAAUCACCAUCAUCACCAAUGCCAUUUCAUUCAAUUGAAUUACAACCUGAUAUACCACCAACGAAACGCCGAAAAUAUCGUGACAGUGGAUUAUCAAAUGCCGAAAAAUCUAGUAGUAUUGGGUCAAAAAAAGAUUUAAACGAUAAAUUAGUUGAAAAUCAAGUAAAUGCAUCAGGAUCAAAUCCCGUGGAAAUAAUACCUCUAAUGCCAAAUUUAAAAUUGGAAAUGCCAGAGUAUUUAGAGCAAGAUGGCAGUAGUUGUAGUUAUGAAGAACAAAGUACUGGAGAUGGUUCGACGAUUAAAAUAAGCGAUGAUGUUUUGUCUAAUACUGCAGAUGAAGAGCAUAAACCUGAUAUAAGUCAAACAUUUUAUUCAAGUCAAUCAACCGAUAUUUCUGACGCUAAACAUUCAACAGCAGAAAUUGGACAUUUACUUUCAAAACCUAGUACAUCAAGCGAGCGAAUAUCUCAGGAAGCAGUUCAAGGGGGGGUGGGACGAAAACGGAAGCAUGUUGGCGAUACAACUGGUCAAGUGGUGAUGCAGGGUCCAGGGCGUUUUUCUUGCAGUCUCUGUGGAAGUGUUUACAAGCACCUAGCUUCGCUGACCCAGCACCUCGAAGUGCAUCGCAACCAGACAACCUGCAUCCUAUGUCACACCACUCUCAGUCGUAGAACCGACCUGCGUCGUCAUAUGAGAUUAAAACAUAAUAUGCAAUGGCAAAAGACGAUCCAGAGGCAUCGAAGUCCUAGAAAAGGAGUUAAUUCUUAAAUUAAUAUUUUAUUUCAUUAUUUGUCUUUUUUCUUUUUAAAUUCGCCAAUUAUAUUUAUUUUUUGGUCGAAAUUUAAACAUAUAUUUAUCAAAUCAAUUAUAUCACAUAACUCAUAUUUAUAAAAUAUUAUAAGUAUUUACGCGAAAAUACAAUAUUAUUAAAUAGACUAUUAAUCAAAUGUAUGCUUGUUAGGGUGCUCCGUUUGAAACCAACAUUUUUUUUUUCGUUCCCCUUCAAAAAUCUUUUUCUACACGUAAAAAUAAAAAUUCAGUACGAUUUUGAAACUCUUGGCAUUAAUUUUAAGAACUGGAACAACGUUGUUGAAGUUUUUCCAUGCUAAAAGCAUGUUCAUCUCGAUUUUUUUUCUUUUUGUUAAAUAAAACUCAGCCCCAUAUUAACGUAUCUCAUUGGUUCAAAUUCUGGAAGUCUGAUUUCCUAUGAAAUUGGUGGUUUUUUGUUUUUGACUUGAAAACAGUUGACUUUUAAGAAAAAAAGUGUAUUAGGACAUUUUUUUUCCUGAAGAAAUAAAAAAUUCAAACAGAAUUUUUUAAACCUACUUAUUAUUUAUUUUUUUAAAAGUAUCGCAUAUGAGGUAUGUAUUUUAAGAUAAUUUAUGUGAAUAAUUACGGAUAUUUUAUAUUUUAUAUAAACAUAUGUUAAUCAACACUUACCAUAAGUUAAUAACUGAAAAUAUUGUAUUGAAUCUUUACAGUUAGCUAAAAUUUUGAAUUUUAAUUACUUAAAGUUCAUUUAUCUCUUUAAAUAUUGAUUUUAGAGAUUGAACUUAUAUGGAAUUUUUUUGUAGAAAACUAAAUUUUCUAGUAUAAAUGUCCUAGACUUUUUUUCUUAAAAGUCAACCGUUUACAAGUUAGCAACAAAAAACCACCAAUUUCAUAGGAAAUCAAACUUUCAAGCCUUUGAACCAAUAAGAUACGUUAAUAUGGGGCUGUUAUAUUCAAAUAAAAGAAAAAAAAUUGAGAUUAACAUGUUUUUAGCAUGGAAAAACUUGAACACCAUUGUUCCAGUUCUUAAAAUUAACAUUAAGAGCUCAAAAUUGUAUUAAAUUUUUGUUUUAACAUGUAGAACAAGAUUUUCAAUGGGGAAAAAAAAAUGUUGGUUUCAAACGGAGUACCCUAAUGCUUAUUCAAUUUUUAAAUGUUUUUGUGACUUAUUACGUACUAUAAAUCCUAUUUUAAAAAAUAAAUACGUGCUAUUUAUAAUAUGAAAAAUAAUUUUUUGAAUUUUAUAAAAUUUUUUCUUAUCAUCGUAUUCUAUUGUAACUUUGAAAAAGAAAAAUUAAAUACAUUAAUUGAAUACACAAAAAUAUAUAGCACAUGAAUCUUUUCAAAGUACGUAUUUAAUUGUAACACAGUUCAUUUUGACUACUAUUAAUGAGUGAGUCACUGUACAUAUGAAUAUUAAUGUAAUAAAUUUAAAGAACAAUAAGUAACUCUGAAAUUUUACAACUUUUAAUCUCAUAGUCCGUCCAUAAACCUCAAUAAUACAAUAGCCAGUGUGGCUUAACAAGAUAAAUAAAUAAUGAAAAAAUAAUCAUCAAUCCGGAUUUUAUUUUACUUCACAAUUACAUCAUCUGUUUUAAAUAUUACAUCAUUUUUUAUACAAAUUUUAUUAUAAAUCGACUGUCAUUGAUUAUUUUAUUUUUUCUUCAUUAUUAAUUAAAAUAAUCUCAGAUGUAAAAUGAAUGCACAAAAUGUAAUUAAACUAUAAGAGCAGUUAUAAUAAAAUUUUAUAAUUUUUUUUUUUUUUUUCUUAACUACACGGAGAUAAUUACCCUUGUGGCAAUAUUGAUCAAAUCUAGAGCAAAUCUUGAGCAAGUCAAGAAGAAUACAGCGAAAUAUUAUAUCUAUAUAUAUUGUGAUUUUAAGAUCUUGUCUAAGAUAGCUACUAGGGUAUAUACAGUGGUCACAAAAAUCGAAGGAUAUUAAAAAAGCCCUAAAUUUUUGGAUGAUUUUUAAAAUUCCGUAACUUAGCGUGAAAUUUUCGUAGCUUUAUACAAUAAUUUUUUGUUGUUAAAACCAAAAAUGUAAUUUUUGAUUUUGAAUUUAAGAAAUUUUUUUUUACCUCCGAUUUUUUUAUCAUCACUCAAAAACUAUCAAUGACUAAAAUAUUUAUACAGAAUCUGAAAACUAGAAGAAAUUCUAAUCAAGCUUUUUCUUUUCUGCUACAUUACAGCAUUUUGAAAAUCACCUAAAAAUUGAUGAUUUUUAUUUUUUUUAUAUCUUUUAAUUUUCGUGACCGGUGUUUUGAAUUUUAAUCUACAAUUUUGAAUACACUGGGGCCAGGACGAAUAAUUAUUCUUGUUUCUAAAUAUUAUUCGGUUAUGGUGUAACAAAUAGUCAAUUUUGAGUAAUCUUUGAACAAUAAAUCAAAGGGUGUGUUUUCAUUUUUUUCGUAUUUCUUUUAUUUUUGGCUCAGGUUUUACUCUAAAUUGAAGAAUAAGUGUUUUUUUUUAAUUUUCUCCGUGUAUAACUUAUUUAAUAAUGCUAAAAUAAAAACAAAAUAAUGAAUCAAAGAAAUACAGGAUAAAUCUAAACCAUACAAAUAAGAAAUAAAGUUAAUAUUAAAAAGUAUAAUACAAAUAUAGAUGAUUAUAUCGAUAACUCUUCAAAUAAUAAGGGCAUUUGACAUAUUUAUAUUGCAACUGAAUCGUUUCUCUAUUAUAAAUUAUCAACUAUACUUUAAAUUAUAAUUCUAAUUAUGUUUUUAAAUGCCUUAUACUGAGUUAAUAGAUUAUUAUUAGAAUUUAGUUAUCAUAAAUUAUUAUUCAAUAUUUAAUAAUGUAAGAAAAAAAAAAAAAAAAAAUUAUAAGAACAUUUAUUGUAUGGUAGUUAUAGUUUUAGCAAAUAAAUAAAAAUUUUAAAUUAAAUCACCAUUUUUCUACGAAAUAAUUUAAUACCCUGGAGGAUUCGAAUUACCGUAAUUUACGGUUUUCGGAAGAAUUAAGAUAAAUUACGGCCUUUUCCAGCGAAAGUACGGUAUUUUGCCGUAAACUUGUGGUUAAUUAGCGGCAAUUUACCGCGAAAUUGCGACAACCCUGCGGUAUUUUACCGUAAAGUGAAGUAUUGCGCUGUCAAAAAUUUAAAAAAUCAUACGGUGGUGACGGUAAAAAUUCCAGAUAUAUAUGGUAAAUUGCUUUAUUUCACAGUAAUUCGUCGUAAAUUACUGUAUAUGACCAUAAACUACCGUAUAAUGCCGUUAAUUAUAGUAAUUUUCCGUAAUGUGAAUCCACCAGGGUAAUUUUCUUAUUUUUUUAAGUCAAAGGAUUUAAAUUAGUAAAUAAUGUUUAAAUCACAAAAAAAAAUUAUGUUAAAAGUUUUCGGGCGUGACAAUUAAUAAAUAAUAAAUAAUUAAUAAAUAGUUAAUGAUGUCAAAGACACUUCAAUAUAACGAAAUUCUGGUAUUAAAAAUUAAAACUUAUGUUUGGGUUGCCAUACCAUUAUUCUUAAAAAAUUUCUCGACAAAUGCCAGAUAUAUCACCCUACAAAUUUAAUCAAGUACUGUAUCUAGAUGACAAAUAAUUUACAAACAUUCAAAAGGAUUCGCAUCAAUAAUUCUAAAUGUACGGAAAUGCAUUGCGGCAAAACUAUCAAGUAGUUAUACUACAAGUAUUACCGAAAUAUCCUGAGGUGAUUGUAACAACAACACAAGUUUAAACGGUGGCAAAACUGAAUAGUCAACUUACUGAUUUAAUAAAGUCUCAUUUUUAAUUUUAUUCUGAAAAAAUAUAUUGACUUUGAAGUAAAAUCUAAAACGAAACUUUUUCGAAUCGGUUAGCUAACUGACCGAAUAUUCAGUUCUGUAUUAAGUUUUGCUGCCGUUUAAAUUUGUAUUUUUGUUAGAAUCACUUCAGAAUAUUUUGGUAAUACUUGUAGUAUAACCACUUUAUAAUUUUCCCGCGAUUAAUUUCAGUACAUUUAGAAUUAUUCAUGCGAAUUCUUUUGAAUGUUGUUUGUUUUCCAAAUCAUAUUAUUUAAGUGAACUUAAUAAAUUAUCUGUCAUUUAAAGAAAAUUACUUGAUUAAAUUUGUAGUAUGAUAUAUCUGGCACUUGUAAAGAAAUUUUUUUAUGAUAAUGGUAUGGCAGCCUUUGUAUUGUAAAUUCACUUUAUAAGUUAACGGAAAACAUUAUUUACAUUAAACUAAAAUAUGAGGUAAAUAUUUUAUAAGGAUACUACAAAAUCCAUAUAAUUAAAUUAUUUUAUUUUUAAUUUUCAUUAAUAAUUAAACAAAUACAAAUAAUUAUCAUUGCUUAUAUUUAUUAUUAUUAAUAAUAAUUUAUAAACGAAUUAAUAAGUUUUCAAGUUUUCCAUCCAUAUUUGGUCAAUGUUACUCAUCUUAUUUAAAUUAUUAAUCAGUAAAGUAGCAAUUGAAUUAGUAUGUAAGUCUUUUAAACAUACAAAAAAAAAAAAAAAACCAAAUGCUUUUAUUUAUAUUUUAACUAAAAACCACCUCUUAAUG